AUGAGCCAAUAUCACGUCGAUCAUGAAUCUCAAUCUAUCGAACAUGAAGUGUGGGAACACAACUCGGAUUACGUGCCAACCCCUGGGUACUGUGUCAGCCCCUACGUCGCACGGUCUGCCCUGAGCCUAUCUCCGUCUAGUGUACUUGAGAAUAGUGGCGACCCUAAGAGUAACCGUGGCCUAUAUCCUCUCCGAUUCCUUCCGUUGCAUGAGUGGGAAGAGGGAAGGGCCUACGAUAAGGACCUCCUAGCCUGUAUUCACUAUCGUAUAGAGUGGCGAGUGACAGUUAAUAAUCGGGAAGUAUCUAUAGACACCGAGGAAGAUGUCGUCUUGGCUCCUAGUGCUUUCUAG